AUGCUCUUUCGACUUUACUUGGGAUUACAUGCGUUGGCGACUAUGGUUAUUCCUGUAGCUUCCCUUCCUUCUAAGUUAUCUGGAUGCGACUUGAAGGGUUUAUCCAUUCAAGGCGCGCCCGCUGGGCUUCCCGAACCCACUGCGCCUCUCUCGUAUGUGUCCAUCGCUCUCGGCACGCAAAACUAUACAUGCACAGAAGCGGGAAACUAUACGGCGGCUGGUGCCCUGGCACAACUGUUUGACAUUUCGUGCCUGUCAACUCCAGGCGCCCAGGACGAUCUCGCUGACAGUCUCUGGGCGUUUUGGAAGCAGGCACCACCGUUCCUCAGCACUCAGGCAAUCAUUGCCGUGCUGCUACCGGUGAACGCUGCCAUGAUACUCGGACAACACUACUUUAUCCCCAAUCCCAUCACCGGACAAGGCGUUAGUCCCAAAUGGGACUUCACAUCGCAAGGCGCGACGAAAGGGAAUCCUGAAGCCUAUGUGGUAGCUGCCCUUGCUGCAGGGGUCCCUGCUCCUAAUUCCCAACGUGACGUGGAUUGGCUCGCUUUGAACAGUAUCUCCGGAUCUUUGUCAAAGCAGGUAUAUCGAACUGACACUCGUGGUGGAUACCCACCAGGCGGAACGUGCCGACCCGGUUCCACCAUCACGAUAAAAUAUGUUUCCAAGUACUGGUUCUACGGAAGUACUUUGUAG